AACGGAGGAAUCGGCGCAGGUCGGGAGAAGCGACGCAGUUGAGUUGGAGGCACUUUUUUUGGCCGGACGCGUCAUCCUCAAUCGUUGCUCGCCGCCCGCAUUCAAGUUUCAAUCAGAGUCGGGCCCACUCUACAACCCUGACAACAUGAGUACGCCACUCAUCGCGACGCUUGUCGUCACCGUGUGCAUUUGGUGGACUUGUUCAGCACUGUCCAAGUGUCCAACAAGCUGGUUGAGCUUCAGGGAGCACUGUUACUACUUCUCCACGGACCGAAUGUCAUGGCGACAUGCUGAGUACAGCUGCCUCUCCAAGGGAGGCCCCCUGGCGAGCAUUUGGGACAGAGAGGAGCAGUCCUGGGUGCGUGCACAAAUGUCUGCGAGCAGCUCCUGGAUUGGCCUGUACUAUCAUCAUUGGCCUCCAGAACAGUGGAAAUGGACAGACAAUACACUUUAUUUUUCUCUUACGUCGUCCUGGAAUCCUGGUAAACCAAGCCCCCCUCAUCGUCACCAAUGUGCUAUGAUCAUGUCCUGGGCAAAGGGCUGGGACAGCGUUGACUGCUUAAAGGUCCAGCCCUACAUCUGCAAGCGUGCCAUAGUUAUGGCAUUACCAUGA